AUGAAGCUCCUUAGCUUUACUUUCACGAUCUUAACGCUCGCCGCCACCAGUGCAGUUGCAGCACCAGCACCUACCUGUGAAGGACGCUACUGUUAUGUGUACCCCGAGCCAUGGUCUGGUGUCCGCAAGAAUGUGUCAGUAGACUGCAAGACCAACUCUGUUUCUUCUUUCAUUUGGUGCGUAGGAGGAUGUGAAAAUGGUGCCUGCCUAUGA